CCCGGACCCCCAGCAAAGACGAAGGCAGUCUGCUCCGAAAAUGGCGUCCGAUCCAGAUAUGGCGGACGUGUCCGAGAUAGAUCCAGGGAUGGCUGACGUCUGCUAUUCAGAAGUUGAAAUCCCGGUCACUGAGGUGGAAAUAGAAAGCAUUCCUAUGGAAAAUAUUGAAACGAUUCCAGCUGAGAAUAUUGUCACAAUCCCGGUGGACAACAUCGAAAACGUGGCUACUGUCGAAACUGUUGAAACGAUCGAGGGGCAACCGAUGAUCGCUCUCCAGCCGCUGUCCGAUGAUCAAGACGAAAUCGUUUUGCAAACAAGAGAAGAGGUAGUUGGGGAUGUUGACGACUUCGGAGGGUCCACAUAUAUCAUAGAUUCGGUACCUGUUCCAAACAAUGAUUUGGAAGAUCAUUUUGGAACGACGUCAAAGCGAAAGAAGGGUAGAAAAACGUCAAGAACGAGGGUUCUGGCCAGCGGCGAGUCCAUGUACGAUGGUGAGAAAGGCAGCCGAAAAUGGGAACAAAAGCAAGUGCAAAUCCAAACUUUGGAAGGCAAAUUUUCAGUCACAAUGUGGGCUUCAGAAGACAAAAAGAAUCUUUCUGAUGAUCCAGACCUGGGUUCACAGCAGGCAUUGUCUCCGAGUCAAGACCAGGGCCAUCACAGUUCGUACGAACAGCCUCCAGACUACUCGGAGUACCUCACCGGCAAGAAGCUGCCACCAGGAGGCAUACCGGGCAUUGACCUGAGUGACCCCAAACAACUGGCUGAGUUUGCCAGAAUUAAACCCAAGAAGCCUAAAGAUGAUGAUUUACCAAGGACCAUAGCGUGCCCACACAAGGUACAUGGCUGCACUAAGAUGUUCCGCGAUAAUUCGGCCAUGCGUAAACAUCUGCACACCCACGGCCCACGCGUCCAUGUCUGUGCUGAGUGUGGCAAAGCCUUUGUGGAGAGCUCCAAGCUCAAACGGCACCAGUUGGUGCACACGGGUGAAAAACCAUUUCAGUGCACGUUUGAAGGUUGCGGGAAACGUUUCUCCCUGGACUUCAACCUGCGCACUCACGUCCGGAUCCACACGGGAGAUCGUCCGUACGUCUGUCCAUUCGACGGAUGCAACAAGAAGUUUGCCCAGUCCACCAACCUCAAGUCUCACAUUUUGACCCACGCCAAGGCCAAGCCCAUUAUUCCAAUGUGAUCCCUAGCAGUGUCUGGUUGUUAGUCUGCCAGUGCAUUAACAUGAUGCUCCAGGUUUUACUUUCUAAAAAAUUGGGCCCGAGGAGUUAUUAUCAGAACCCCCCCAAAACCUGCUGUAUUAGCAUCCGAGUGUGCACACUGUAACAUUCAUACAGUAAAAGGAAAUCUACCGGCACAAUCUUUUGGGCAUACCGUAAUGAUGAUUUUGUUCACUGGUGACCAGAUAUACAGUAAGUACACGGACAUUGCCAGCUGUCACACUUAGGUCGCAAUGAUUGUAGCAGUUCUUCUGUCUGUUGCAUAUUCAGAUCUCGCAAUAAAAGGAAAGUUGACCAAUGACUGCUAAGAGGAAUUUUCCAUUUAUCUGACUGCUCUGUUUUGCAGGAGCAUGUUGCAAGUGUGAAGGGCAAAAUAUUGGGUCAACACAUACAUAGUAAAGUAGAGAUAGACCCAGUAUUUGAACUCCUUUCUUUUUGGGGGAUACUGCCCAUCUGUCUACUUGUGGAGAGUGACCUCCAUGCCUGGUCAUUCUUUAGCAGUGUUCAAUAUGCAAGGCAUUGCUGUGUCUUUUUGAGAGAGACUCUACAAUUUGGCAGAUUACAACUGACAAAUUUGGAGCAUUUCUUUCAAGUGAAUGGCUUGCUGGCAUGUGCCGAUUGGCACUUGGCAGUCAUGCACAACCCUGUGCUUAGGUGAUGUGUCCUUUAUAGGCUCUCAUAGAUAGAAUGCAGAGGGCUGUGUAAAAUGUAUUAAAGGGUAACGAUAAAAAUAGGUAACCUGUGCUGCAGUUGCAGUUACCUACAGGGUGUCUCAGUAGAUGCUGCCAGUGAUGCAUUUUUGCCUAGAUGAACUUGUAAAAAAAAUGGCAGUUAAACCAUAUUCAUCGUUGAUUCAGACUUGGGUCCAAAAAUUGCUUGUUUAAACCGACAUGUUCCUUGAGUCUUUAAAAUUGUGAAUUCAUCCUAUUGAUUAAUAUUGUAUUUGAAAUUCUUAAGUAUGCACUAUUGGAGCCUUGGAAAAUGAUAUUAGUGUUUCAAGGGAAGUGCGAAGUUCAUGGUCUGUACAGAUAUUUGUAAACUAAAACGUUUUAUUUUAAUCAAGAAACUUCAGAGGCCUUUUUGUUGAAAUGGAGUGAAGACCUUCAAAGGGACACAGAUUAAGUAUUGUGAAAAUAAAAUGCAGUUCAGUGGGAGUUUGAUAGUUACGAGAUGUUGCUGAAUUGAAAAAGCUUCCACCCACCUGUCUCCAAGUUUUUUAAUUGGGAGACCUUGAAUCGCUUGGUUGCAGACAAACUGGUCUUCUUUGCCAGUUCUGGGCAUGCACGCAACCGUGGAAAAGGACUGGUUGGCCCAUUGCCCCGAAGCAUCUCAAAGUCUCCCGUGGUAAUGAGCUUGUUUCUCAAUAACACAGAUUAUCUUAGUGAACUCAGAGAUCGUAUGUGAAGACUGCAACUGCCGAGUAAGCUCAUGUUGAGCCUGAAUUACAUAAAACGAGGUGUAACAGAUACUUCUAUGGAAAUUCAGCAGUAGCUGGCAUCUUCCAUAGACGUUACAGCAGGCUAUAGACAAGCAAUUCAGGUACAGUGCUAGAAAAACAAUCAGAUGGGCUGAUGGGGGGAAGGGGGUUGGGUACACAGCUAUAUCAGGUGCGGGGCAGCUGCUGAGUGUGACGAGUCUAUCUGCCCCAAGUGGAAGUUCACCCAUGUCAACCUAGCGCAUCUCGCACCAAGCGUGCAUAAAUCUGUGCAUGUGCCUGGUGAGUUCCCACCAAUCAACAAUUUUUUUUUUAUGUGUCCUCUCAUUCUAGCUAAUGGUGGUUAAGUCUGUCACAAGUCAACAUGUGAUCCAACUUGAAGUCAUGUGACAAAAUAUUCAAAUUGACAGCUUCAGAAAGCAUUCCUUUAUCACUAUUCAUCUGCCUAUUGCGACUUAACUACAGCCCCAAGUACGAGCCCCUCAUUUAGAGAGAUUGUAUGGAACUUUGGAUCACCCAUAGUUCCUUGCAUUCCACAUUCAAACCACAACAAACUCGGUACAUGUAAUUACAUUUCAUUAUUGAUCAGUUGGUUACCCUGUACAUAUGUACCAGUGGUUUGGGUUGAAAGUGCUGGUUACCCAAGACUACAGAGGGUGGACAAUGCCAUGUGCUUCAUGUCCUCUGAGCUAGAAUUGUGUUGGCAUAACACCUCAUGAAUUUUUUUCAUCUUUGCUCCUCUCGUGGAAGUGUUAGCAACAGCACAGAUUAAACUGAACACAAUUAUGUCAAUACAUGUGCGUGUAUUUUGUAUGGUUGAGCUGGGUAUCUUGUGUGUGGUUAAGUACCGGGUUCGUGUAUCUGAACUUGACAUCAAGGAAUUCAAAGGUGCUUUGGAGGAUAUAUUAGUUCAUUGUAAUGUUAAUUAAAGCUUUGUAAACUUUUUAUGCUCCACUUAUUGUGUAAAAAGAGACCGGCCUGUAAUUUUGCUUCACAUAAUUCAUAUAAUGCUCAUGACCAUCAACACAUUUUGUUCUUUGUUUUAAAUUUCACAUAACUCAAACUGUGCAUACUGCAAGUUAUAACAAUUCACGCUUGAAAGUGUAAAUAGAUGUGAACGGUAAUUUGGGGGCACUGGUGAUAGAAAUACCAUUCCUUGUUCCCGCUCAUGAAAGUUUGAGAACAUGAUUAUUAUGUGGUAAAGUGUUAUUCAAAAUUUCCUAACAUUAUUAAUUAUAUUCUUUACAGACCCUCAGUGUCCACACUUGGUAAUUUCCUGAUAUUGAUGAGAGCCAACAGCUUUAGUUUUUAUUCUAUAAUAAUAUACUUGUGAAGUUUGAGCCAGACAUGCUAGGACUUCAUAAAUGGGCGCAUCUUACCUCCUCGUCUUCUUUGUUUUAAAAUGCCUUUUGAUUUUGAGAUUUGUUGGUUGUUUUUCAAAUUUUUGAAAGUUUGGUUGUGAAAAGACUUUGUUGCCAACACAGUGAUUGACUAUUAAAUUUAAAAGUGUCACAGACAAACCUA